AUGUAUCGAAUAGCAAAGAUCGAUGUUUCCGAUAUAUCGAUGUACGUUUUACAUCCCUAAAACUCUAAUCUGAAAUUAAAUUUUAAUAAUAUCGGUCUCUUCUACCUAUUAACAAUGUACACAAAAAAAGUUUUCCCGAUUUUACGAAGCAUAUUGACACAAGACUUCCAUUUGGCACAUUUAAAAUUUUUGCCUGGUUUCGCAACAACAAAUGAUGUUCAGCACAUGCCCUCCAUCCGCUUGCCCCCGCAGGGACAGCGAACCUCAAUAUGCUUUUCACAAAUACGAUGUUAUGCAAAAAGCAAAGAUAAAAAAAAGGAGAAAGGUAAAAAAAUCCCCAAAGUUGAAAUCAAUGAAAGCCAACUCCGUGAAGUGCUAAACUUCGAUGCGGUAAAUGGACAAAUGCAAAAGGCGGUGCAGCAAAUGAAGGAAGAUUUUAUAAAACAUUUGUCAUUACGUUCUACUUCUGGAGCUAUAGAAACUUUGCGUGUUCACAUUGAUGGGUCUGAACACGAAUUGCAAGAACUUGCGCAAAUUUCUCGGAAAAACCCUAAGACUAUUGUGGUUAAUAUGAUUGCGUUUCCUCAAACUAUACCUGAUGUAUUAAAAGCAAUUGAUAGUAGUGGUAUGAACCUUAAUCCGCAACAAGAUGGAACUACACUAUUUAUUCCUAUACCAAAGGUGACAAAGGAACAUCGAGAGAAUCUAGCAAAAAACGCAAAGGCCCUCUUCAUCAAGUAUCGAGACGCUAUACGGGAUAUACAAAAUAAUAACAUAAAAAAACUAAAGAAGCAAACGGAUAUAUCUAAAGAUGAUAUUUUUGCUAUCCAGACACAACUAACUGCUAUUGCAGAUAAAUACGUGGAAGAAGCAGACAAAUUAUUAACAACAAAGCAAAAAGAGCUACUUGGCGAAUGAACCGACCCGAGCGGGGCUUAGUAUCCGCUACAACAACAAUAACAACAACAGCUACUUUUCGAAUCGUAAGCCAGGACUGAAUAAAAAUAAAAAUGUAAAUAAAUAUGUUUUUUAGACAUUUU